AUGCCUCAUAUUAUCCGAAUAUCCAUCUUGGAAUGCUGGAAUGAUAUAGAUCCCUCUAGAUCAAGGUAUGGUGGCUACGGCGGCCUUACAUCGACUUGGCUGAGGUCCAAUCAUCGUUUGCAACAGCAAGCAGAAAUUCACAUAUGGGAUAUUAAAAACUCGAUGGAGUAUCCUAACUUGGAAGACUACGAUGUUGCUAUAAUUAUUGGUUCACCGGCAAAUCCUAAAGGAGAAGAUCCAUGGAUUGUCAAGCUCCGUGCUUUUGUCAACAAGGGACUAGAAAAAGAGAAAGAUAAGAAGUUCAUUGGAUUCUGUUUUGGCCAUCAAAUUAUAGCCUUAGCCUGUGGCUUAUCUAUUGAAAGUAACGAUGCAGGGUAUGAACUUGCCACAACACCUAUCCAGCUCUCAGAGAUAGGAAAAGGGCUCUUUAAACAAGAUUUAAUUUAUCUGAACCAAUGCCACUUGUGGAGUGUUAUAGACAAUGGGCUUGGACAAGUUCAAAACAUAGGUUCAACAGACCAUUCUCAGGUACAAGGCCUUUUCCUUCCUGGGCGUCUUUGGUGUCUUCAAGCCCAUCCUGAGUUUGAUCCAGCAGUUAUGGGACAGGUGCUAGACCUGACUAGAUCUGAAUUGACAGAUGAGGAAUACCGAAAGGCAAGGGCUCAUAACCAACAAAAGCUUGACCAACAAGUCGCACUAGAAUCAUUAGUUAAUUUUAUUCUAGAAUAA